GCUGCUCUUUAUGCAGAGGAAUAAGAUAAAAUAGCUUCCUCCCCCUCAUGUCGCUACCGAAAACAGGAAUGGGGAAAAAAAUAAUCCCUCAGCCCCUGCCCAGCUUGUGGUGAUAAGAGUAAUGCAAUCGUUUUUUUAAAGGAGGCAGCCAAGACAAUUACAUUGUUUACUCAACAGAGCCAUUUUGGAGAUUUCUGCGUUGUGCAUGUUUUCUCAUUCAUUUUGCACCAAAUUCAUUGCAGCAGCAAGGCCAGAGAGUUUGCCUUGACUCCCCUCACUACCAAAAUAAACGCACAGGGCAGGAUUGUUCCACUGAGCCGCUGCGAGUGGGGAGAGAGAAGAAGGCAGGGAGAUGGUACGUGCCGGCAGCUCUCAACUGCACGCAGUGAGGAUUGCGAUGUAUGAGAGAGUUCAGGGGGGAAAGAGGAGGAAGUAACGGAGGCAGCCGAAGCUCGCAGGAUGGCAAGAGCCAAGCUGAAGAAUUCCCCCUCGGAGAGCAAUGCGCACGUGAAGACUGUCCCACCAGCCACGACGGACGAUGGCCAUGGGGUGAGCCCCUUGCUGCCGGCUCGGAGGAUGGGAUCCUUGGGGAGUGAUGUCGGACAAAGGCCUCAUGCCGAAGAUUUCAGUGCGGACUCCUCGUUUUCGCAGUUGCUUAGGGCAGAAACGUUACCUCCAGCGCUGCUGCUCGCCCCCCCCGCUGCCCCGGUUUUCAGGCCGUCCGCGGGGCCCUGGCGAAAGCUGCGCUCGGCCGCAGAGCCGGGCUCGGGGCGAGCCGGCGGCGUGUUUCUCGCGGUCAGGAGCGCUCAUGCUCUGCUGCCGGGACCCACUGCGCGUGUUCUUCACAGGUCACACAUCUUCUGGGUGGACAGAAAAACGCCGCUGUGGGCUGUCCAGGUCAGCAUAGCUUUAAUCAGCUUCCUGGAGACCAUGCUGCUCAUCUAUCUCAGCUACAAGGGGAACAUCUGGGAACAGAUUUUUCGCAUUUCGUUCAUCCUUGAAAUGAUCAACACAGUCCCCUUUAUUAUUACAAUAUUCUGGCCUCCUUUACGGAAUUUAUUCAUUCCCGUUUUUCUGAACUGUUGGCUUGCCAAGUAUGCCCUGGAAAACAUGAUAAACGACCUGCACCGAGCCAUACAAAGGACCCAGUCUGCAAUGUUUAACCAAGUGCUCAUUCUCAUCUGCACCCUGCUGUGUCUUGUUUUCACAGGGACCUGUGGCAUCCAGCAUUUAGAAAGAGCCGGAGAGAAGCUCUCCCUUUUCAAGUCCUUCUAUUUCUGCAUCGUCACCUUUUCCACUGUGGGCUACGGCGAUGUGACACCGAAGAUCUGGCCUUCCCAGCUCCUGGUCGUUAUAAUGAUUUGCGUCGCCCUUGUUGUGCUGCCCCUCCAGUUUGAGGAGCUUGUGUACCUGUGGAUGGAGCGGCAGAAAUCAGGAGGGAAUUACAGCCGUCACCGUGCCCAGACGGAGAAGCACGUUGUGCUGUGCGUCAGCUCGCUCAAGAUUGAUCUUCUCAUGGACUUCCUCAACGAGUUCUACGCUCAUCCGCGCCUGCAGGAUUACUACGUGGUGAUACUUUGUCCGACAGAGAUGGAUAUCCAGGUGCGGCGGGUCCUUCAGAUUCCUCUGUGGUCGCAGCGAGUGAUUUACCUCCAGGGCUCGGCGCUGAAGGACCAGGAUCUCAUGAGAGCCAAGUGAGCCGAGUGGCGUGCCGCAAGGUUGCUUUAGAGCCGGUCUCAGGUAUGGCAGUCUCGGGAGAAACAAGCUGACCAUCAGACCAUCUUGAGAGCCUGGGCUGUGAAAGAUUUUGCUCCAAACUGUCCUCUCUACGUUCAGAUCCUAAAGCCUGAGAACAAGUUUCACAUUCGCUUCGUUCCAGAUCACGUCGUCUGCGAGGAGGAGUGCAAAUACGCCAUGCUGGCCUUGAACUGCGUCUGCCCUGCCACCUCCACCCUCAUCACCCUGCUGGUGCACACCUCCCGCGGACAGGAGGGCCAGGAGUCCCCGGAGCAGUGGCAGAGGAUGUAUGGGCGCUGCUCGGGCAACGAGGUCUACCACAUCCGCAUGGGCGACAGCAAGUUCUUCAUGGAGUACGAGGGCAAGAGCUUCACCUACGCCGCCUUCCACGCGCACAAGAAGUACGGCGUCUGCUUGAUUGGCACGAAGAGCAUCCUGCUGACCCCAGGGCCGCGGCAUAUCAUGGCAGUGUCUGACACCUGCUUCUACAUCAACAUCACCAAGGAGGAGAACUCUGCCUUCAUCUUCAAGCAAGAGGAGAAGCAGAAGAAGAAAGGCUUUGCUGGCAGGGGCGCCUAUGAUGGCCCCUCACGCCUGCCAGUGCACAGCAUCAUCGCAAGCAUGGGUACAGUAGCCAUGGACCUGCAAAACACUGAGUGUCGCCCCAUCAACAGCAGCAAGCUGACGCUGCCGGCCGAGAACGGCGCGGGCACCCGGCGGCCCAGCAUCGCCCCCGUCCUCGAGCUGGCGGAUACCUCAUCCCUGCUGCCCUGCGACCUGCUCAGCGACCAGUCGGAGGACGAGAUGACGCAGUCAGAUGAGGAGGGCUCAGCGGUUGCAGAGUAUGUAAAAGGCUACCCCCCAAACUCCCCGUACAUUGGGAGCUCGCCAACCUUGUGCCACCUUUUGCCUGAGAAAGCGCCUUUCUGCUGCCUGCGGUUGGACAAGGGCUGCAAACACAACAGCUUUGAAGAUGCCAAGGCCUACGGGUUUAAGAACAAACUGAUUAUAGUAUCAGCAGAGACUGCUGGGAAUGGACUGUAUAACUUCAUCGUCCCCCUUCGUGCGUACUACCGGUCCCGCAAAGAGCUAAACCCGAUUGUCUUGCUUCUGGACAACAAGCCAGAGCAUCACUUUCUGGAAGCCAUCUGUUGUUUCCCAAUGGUUUACUACAUGGAAGGCACGAUCGAUAACCUGGACAGCUUGCUGCAGUGCGGGAUCAUCUACGCGGACAACCUGGUGGUUGUGGACAAAGAGAGCACCAUGAGCGCCGAAGAGGACUACAUGGCAGACGCAAAGACGAUUGUCAACGUCCAGACCAUGUUCAGGCUCUUCCCCAGCCUCAGCAUUAUCACAGAGCUGACCCACCCCUCCAACAUGAGAUUCAUGCAGUUCAGAGCAAAGGACAGCUACUCCUUGGCCCUUUCCAAGCUAGAAAAGAAAGAGCGCGAGAACGGCUCUAACCUGGCGUUCAUGUUCCGGCUCCCCUUCGCUGCCGGCAGGGUCUUCAGCAUCAGCAUGUUGGACACGCUGCUCUACCAGUCAUUUGUGAAGGACUACAUGAUCACCAUCACCAGGUUGCUGCUGGGCCUCGACACCACGCCGGGCUCAGGCUAUCUCUGUGCGAUGAAAAUCACCGAAGACGACCUGUGGAUCCGGACGUACGGCCGCCUCUUCCAGAAGCUCUGCUCUUCCAGCGCUGAGAUUCCCAUCGGGAUUUACAGAACGGAGUCGCACAUGUUCGCAACCUCCGAGCUGUUUAUGUCUGUGCCUCUCCCUGUAUGUUCUGUAGAGGAUGUAGCAAAUUUAACAGCCAGUGAUGUGAUGAAUCGGGUAAACCUGGGAUAUUUGCAAGGUAAUUCCCUUUGCCUGGGAGUGCCGCGUGGCUCACGGCGUGCAGCGUGCCACGAGGUCAUGCCGGCUGCACCUAAUCCACACCCUUGCCGGGUUUCCACCUUAGAUAUUUGAGCCUGCCGAGCGCUGAUUUGUUGAGUGGAGUUGGCAAAAAAAAACAAAGCAAAACCAAAAAAAACAAAAAGGGAAACAAAACCAAAACCCAAAGGCAGGCCAUCCUACAGCUGUAGCGCAAACGAAAGGCUCCCUGGAGCCGCCGAGGCAAAAGCAAUCCCAGAGCCUUUGCUAGGUGAUGACGAGGAAAUCACAUCGCCCAACUGACCUUGAAACAAAACCGAACCUCCUCCCAGUGCUGCGCGAGUGGAUUUUGAGCCGUAAAAGCCAGUGGCAGUUAGGAGAGGGUUUUAUUUGGUGCUGCUGACAGAGAGCCGUGGC